AUGAGUUUUCAUGCACCGGUCAAAGAAUUACAACCUGUUGACACAUCUUUGCCUGAAUAUUGUAUUAAAGUAGGUUUUUAUGUGGAAAAUUUGGGGGAAAUCUGGGUUUUUCAUGAAAUUCUGGGUUAGAAACCAAUUUGAGAGUGUAAACGUGGAGCAUCGUAGUUAAUCUUCAUUUUUACAACGAUGAUCCACGUUUACACCUUCGAAAAAAAAAUUAUAGUGAAAAAAUUUGGAUUUUUCAUAAAAUUCUAGGUCAGAAUGAUGAUUUUAAAAAUUUUGAGAGUGUAAACGCGGAGCAUCGUAGUUUUCCAACGAUGUUCCACGUUGCUGAAAAAAAGGAUUUGAAAAACAAAAUUUUUCUGGAACUCUGCCAAAACAUUAGAAUUUUAUGGGAAAAACAUUUUCUGUAGCAAAAAAAAUUAUUUUAAUUAAAGACAACGUAAAAUUGAGAGAGUCUAGACAAACUACAGUAAUCUUUGUAUUUAAAGGGAGCUGUUGUUUUGGAUCCUCAACUAACUGAAUGGAACAAAAAAGCGAUAAUUUCAUCGACUUGUCUACCAUCAACAUUUCUACAAAUCAAUCGACAAGAGCAAAAAAUCGGAGAAAUUCUGAGAAACGCCGCAAAUGGUUUGCAACUACCACCAAAUGAGCAAUAUGGAUUGAUAUCUGAAGAACCGAAAAGAUUUAUCACCGACUACAAUUUGGAUAGUCUAAAUAAUGGUUUUAUGUUAACAAUGUCAGCGUCACCCGAUCAUUAUGUGCAAAGAAUUAAUGAGAUUUUAUCGCAAGGAAAUGAUUUGAAAAAAAUGGAAUGGGCUGUGGCGAAACUCGAUGAAUUCUCGUUGGAUUUGGCGCUGAUUGAAGCGUUUUAUAAAUUCUCAUCGCUGGAUCUUCUUUAUAGUUUGGUCAGGGAUGAUCGGGUUUGUAUGUGAGUUUUUAUUUAUUUUUUUUUUUUGAGAGAAGGAUGGAAUUUAGGAGCUCAACAUUGCUCAGCACAUGUUUACGAGCGCUCUCGAAGAUGUUAGAACUUGGAGUGGAUAGUGUUGGAUGGCAAUGUGUUCCCAGGGAUGUUGUUGUGUCGGUUUCAUCAAUGGUGACUGGAAAAGCGAAAAGAGAAGAGGCGAAUGCUUUGUUGUUUGCAUUACAAAUGAUUGAACAAUUGGUUAAUUGGUGAGCGAAAAAAUCAAAUUCUGUGGAAAUUCUGCACAUUUUUUGAGCGCUUGGAUGUUCUCAAAAAUUGGGUAGAAGUUUUUUAUCUGCUCAAAAAUUGAUUUUAGAAAUUAGGACCUUACAGGUUCAAAAAUCUACAGAUUUGGCCCCGCAAAAAAAGGUUUUUUGUGAAAAAAAUUCUAAAAAAAAAACAAAUUUCCAUUGAUCGAAAAAUAAUGGGGUGAUUCGAAUCGAAAAAAACAAUUUUUUUGAAAUUUUUUCCACACAAAAAUGAAAAAUAUCUCGCAGGGAUUCCAAUGAAAAAAUGACAACAAAUAGGAAAAAAAUAUAGAAAUUUUUUGUCAAAAAAUGUUUUUUUAUUAUUUUUUUCGACUUGAAUAAGGAAAAAUUCGAUAAAAUUUGAGAUUUUUGGUGGAAAAGAGCACAUAGUUUUGAGCGCUAAUGUAAAAUGUUCAAAUUUGAUUUUUGAUUUUCAAAAUUGGGUAGAUGAUUUUUGUCUGCUUUAAAUUUGAUUUUAGAAAUUAGGACUGGAGUUGAGCCAAGUUACAUGUUCUGAAAAUUCUUCAAAAAAUGUUUAAUUGAAAAUUUUAAAAGGCUAAAAUUUCGUGCGAAAAAAAUUCAUUGUUCCAAAAAUUUCCAGUUUUGAAAAAACAAAUUUCCAAAAAUUUAUAUUCAUAUGAGCAAUCUUUCUGGGAUAAAAGUAAUCGCAAUCCCCUUUUUUCAAAUUAAAAAAUAAUGAAAAAUCAAUAUUUCCAGUGACUCAACAACUCGUGAAUGGGUUCUAGAAGAAGUUCCAAUUGAAACACUCAUUCGACACGUGGAAAAAUCAGAUGAAAGAAUAUCAAUCUCUGCACUUUCACUAAUGAAUUCAAUGAUCGAAAAAUGCACGAAUCCCGAAAAACGAGUCGAAAUGAUAAAAGCGCUCGAAGUUGUACCAUUUCGAAACGCAGUGCAUUCUUCACUUCUUCGAACUGGAAAACCACGCGAUUCUCAAUCACUUCAACAAUUAAUACAAGUUCAAAAACAAUUGAUUAGUGUUUAUGAUUUGGGUGAACCGGUGGAGAAUGAUAUUCAGAAAAUAUUGGAGAUUGAACAAUUUGAUGAUGAAUUAAAGAAGGAAGAGGAAAAUGUGGAAUUUAGAAGGUUGUUGCAGAAUAAUCGAUGUGGAAAAUUGACAUGUCGUGCGAUUUUGAGGAUUUCAGAAUAUCAUCAACAAGAUUUGAAGAUGAUAUUGUCUGAAAAUAUAAUGAGAAUUGAGGGAGGAAAAUGGAGAUUUAUUCCACUUUCCAUAAAAUGUGUUGGAAUUGCUGCAGAAUUAUUUGGCAUUUUACCAGGGCGUGAUGAAUUGUCCCGACUAAUUCCCAUUCUAUUCUCCUCCGAACACAUUUUCGAUGAGAUCGUUUGGGUCAUCCUACAACUAUUUCAUCGAACUUGGCGAGAAAUGCACGCGAAAAAUGGGGAACUCGAAAAAGUGGCGAGUGUUGUGAUGGAACAAUUGAGAUUUGUGUUGAAAAUGGAGCAGAGUCAUAUUGAGGGAUUGGAAGAGUCGUUGGAGAGGUUUACCUAUAGGAAUUUGCAGGAGAUUUGGAAGGAUGAGCAGGAAGAGAAGGAGAAUGAUCAAUUGCAUAGUCAAAGUGUGACGUUAGUUUUUAAUGGAAAAUUUGAGACAAGAAACGUGAAAAAUUGACAAAAAAUAGCAAAUGCGCUCCAUUGAACACUUUCAGUUUCUCAAAAAAAUUCAAAUUUUCAUUUUUUUUUUCUAGCUGAAAUUUUACAUUUUUAGCUCUGGAAUUUUCAGUCUGAAAUAGCUCAAAACUUCAGUCAAAAAUGCAAUAUGUGAAAAAUCCGGGAAAAAUGAAAAUCCGGGAAAAAUGACUGAAAAUCAACAAAUUUUGAAGGUACAUACCGUAUCCUCUAAAAAAAGUGCCAAAAAUUAUGGUUUUUGACGCAAAAUUAACAUUUAAAAAAUAACAAAUGCGCUCAAUUGAACACUCUCAGUUUCUCCUAAAAAUUCAAAUUUUCAUUUUUUUUCUGGUGAACUUUUGAGCUGAAAUUUUGUUUGGCUGGAAUUCAAGAAACAUGAAAAAAGCAAAUGCGCUCCAUUGAACACUCUCAGUUUCUUCAAAAAAAUUCAAAUUUUUGUUUUUGACUGUGGAAAUCUCAGCUUAAAAAUGCACUGAUUCUGAAAAUCAACAGGUUUAAAGGUACAUACCGUAUCCUCUAAAAUGUGCCAAAAUUUUUUGUAAAUUAAAAUACAAUAGGAUUUUUCGGUGUUCAAAAAUUGUUCCUGAAGUACAAUUUUCUAAAAUAAAAAAAUUUUAAAUUUUAAAAAAGAAGCACAAAAAUUUUUUUCCAGAAUUCUCGCUCAAAAAUUGCGACCAAAAAUGGAGGAAAUAGUCGGAAUAAACAAUCGAAAUUAUAUGAAAGAAGGUCACGUUUUUCGAAAAAAUUCCAAAGGAAAAUCCAAACAAGCGUUCUGGUUCUGGAAACUCGAUUCAUCUGAAAAAUUCAUAACAAUAAGAAUGUGCGACGAGGAAGGAAAUAGUGGACAAAUGGAAGAAAUCAAACAAAUUUGGUUGAAAGAUAUUAUAGAUGUUAUAAAUAAUGAUGAAAGUGAUCGGAAGACAAGUUCGUCUCGAUUUACAUCGUCUGGAGGAAAUUCGGGAAUUAUGUCGAGAGGAUUACGAGUUGAGCUGAAAAAUGAGACACUGAAUGCGUCGACUUUUGAUGAGAAAAUUUGUACGAUUUGGAUUGAUGGAUUAUUAGAAUUGACUGGAAAUUCGAAAAAAGAUAAUAGAAGGUUGGGGGUUUUUUCUCGAAUUCUAGAAAUCUUUGUAAAAUUUAUUUCCAGCCGAACUGAUGAAAUGGUUGAUCGACUACUCAAAAUGGAACUUCGAGUUCGAUUAUUAAAUGUGAAAUCCUCGGAAACUUCACAGCCUCCUGAAAUUCCACCAUUCCCGGAAACAUUCCCAUUUCCUUCCUGUACAUAA